AUGGUUUGGUCCAGAUUCGAUGAUGAUGUAGAAUGGGUUUUUGCUGAGAAUAUGUUAGAUGGGCUCGUGAGUUGCUCGACGGACCCCUACCCGCUUCUUCUCAGAUCCCUAUCACAGUACGCACCCCGUCUCACUGUCCUGGAUCUUCAUUGCAACUGCGGACCAGGGAUCGACCAAAUACCCUCUGAGCUCCGUAGAUUUCGUGGGCUCAAGGAGCUCAGCCUGCGCGAUUUUCCGGAUGAUCUUUUUGAUGAGUACGUUGAAGCCACCACCACGGUCCUGAUCAACUCCCCUGAACUGGAGACGUUGCGCAUAAUGGCGCUCGAUGGGGGUCUAGACUGGGCUCGGGAUCCAUGCUAUGAAUCGCAAGGCCAUUGCAUGUGUGGUCUACUUCCUCUCAUUUGCGAGAAAUUCGCAGGAAGAGGGAGAAAGGAGGGAUCUGUGGACGGCAACAAAAGGGCAGAUAUACCACGUCUCAAGCUUCGAGAAGUGGCAGUCGAUCAUCACUCUAUGAACCGGUUUAUUCUCGAUCUCCCGGAUCCGGAUCCAGAUCCCUCUGAGGACCCUUCGCAUCACACUAGCAAUAACCAGAAACCUCUCUAUUUGGAGAAGCUCACUGAUCUUCAAUAUCUUGAGCGGUUACAUGUGGAGAUGGCACCCGAAUGGAGCCACGCCGAGCGCCUUGAUCUUAUUCGCCUUCCGAAUCUCACCCCCGAUAUUGCUCCACGACUGCAAUCGAUGACUAUAUCACCACCCUGUGCGCAAGAGUCCUACAGGUGGCAAGACUGGGCCAUCGAAAACAACUUUGUUGAAUACGCCUGUCAGGUUUCGCUAGGCAGGCUCGAUAACGUCACCGAAAGCUCAGGACCCGUACAUCUCGUAUUCGAUUGGACAAGCCUGGAUGUUGCUAUCAAUGAGAGACUAUCCACAUUGUUUGGCCUUUUGAAGGAUACUGCCGUCACUAAAUCUCUCGAACGACUCGAGAUCGUUGCACCGGGCGACUGGGUGAAGCUGAUCCCCUCCCUAAAAGACACCUUGUCGCAUCUUGGGAAGCUCAAGUAUUUCAGAUGUCACAUGGCAGAGUUUUGUCCUCCUCUCUGCCUCUCGUGGGAGGCUGUAAAGCGCGAUAAAACUUUCAGGAAGAUGAUGGACCUCGCAGAAGACUUCUUUGAGGUGCAACCGAGCCUCCUAUUCCUAGAAGUCAACUCCUUUCUAUACCAGGUCGUUCGAUGGGGCCCCGGCGCCCGUGAUUUUCACAUGGUCGAGAUCUUGGAUCGUGAACGGGAGUGGGUCGCUCCAGGAGACUCCCCGUGGCAAGGGCCAGAUAACAACGCCGUGCCUUCCAGAAUGUUGGUAUGA